UUAAUUUUCUGUCCUUAUAAAAGAAGAAAGGCUAUAGAUAUGGAGGUUCGGUGCAAACCUGGAAAGAUAAGUAUUCCUAAUAGGUCUAUCUCUUCAGGAAGAAAAACUGUUGAGAAUGAAGAUUACCCACACUACUCUGAUCUCUUAAGAAAAAUGAAUAUGCCCUUUGUGAAAGGAUUUGAAGACAGACAUGACUAUGGCAGAUUUGAAAAGAAAUGUAAUCCUGCCUUUCUUAAAUUUCAUCUUUACCCCCCUUCUGUCCUGCCAAACUAUCAUGUACACUAUCCUUAUCCUCCACCUUAUGGGCCAGAUUAUCCAUUAUUUCCACUUCCAGAUGAUGUGCCCUUAGUUGAUCCCAGUUCAGGAUUUGUGAGUCCUGGUGGUGAUGCUGAUUUAAAGCCUGACAUUGGCAGAACUAUACCAAACCUGGCAGAUUUCAGUGAUGUGAAACCUCAACAUCGAAUUCCUAGACCAGACCCUGAAUUUCCAACAACAAUAAAAAGGCAAACAAUUCUGUUCGAAGAACUGCAACAGAGUAGGAAGUGGAAUUCCAGGCAAGUACCAGACAUUUCCAUCAGAGCAAAACUUGGAGGUUGGACAAGCCCACUAAAAGUUACUCCUUUACAACCUCUUCAUGAAGGAUGCUCAAUAAAUCACACCUACACAUUUGAUGAGGAUGCAACAUGUACAGAGGAUGGUGAGGCACUUGCUAAACCAAAAAAGAAAUAUAAUGUCAAGAACUCAUUUUACAAGUCCUCUACACAGAAAGCUUAUGAAGCUGUUCCUUGGGACAAAAUGCUACCACCAAAACUAGAUCCAGAAAUAACAACAGUAGAGAAAGCGGCUGACCUCAUCUCACAGUGUUUUACACUGAAAAGAUAUGAAAGAGUACCAGCAAUAACCCAGAUGGUCGGUGGACUCUGGGACAGAUUUCAGACAAGAUCAUUCUUAGCACCAGUCAAACCAGUCAGUUUUGUGAGUCCAAGUUCUAGAAGUCAAUACAUUCCUCUCUAUACUGGUCAUGUGCAGACUACAAAUGCUGAUGAUGUGGACAACCCUUUUGGAGACACCAGAUCUUUAGCCAAGCCUCGGUGCUCUAGAAUCCUUUAUUCAACCACAAGUCAUGCUCCAAAUAUCCCAGGAUAUACUGGCAAGGUUCAUUUCACAGCCACCCACCCAGCAAAUUCUAAUAUUUCAUCAACAACCCCAUCACCAGAUUCAGAACUGCAAGGCGUCUUAUGGAAAGAAAUGAAAGUUGACCAAUUCUGUCAUCAGGCACCGCUUUCACGAAUGGUCACAACUGUGAAACCUUACAACCCCUUCAACAGAAUAGAAAAAAAACCGAUAGACCUCUGAAAGAAGCCACACCCCGAGAGAGAUUUCUAAGCCACUCAUCCUGGAAAGGCAUUGUGUAUUACAUGAUGGGAAAAUACAAGAGCCAGCCACGGUCUGAGUGUGUGUGAAUGAGUUGUGGUGUAAA